AUGGAUCAGGAUUCUUUCAGGCAGCUUCUUCAGACACCUCGAGUGCCCACUUCUAUUACGUCGGGAUCUUCUGCGCCAACGUUCAAGCCACGCAAAGUAAAGAAGAAUGAAUCUAAAUACCGUGAUAGGGCCGCGGAGAGACGCGAGGGCGGGAGAAGCGACUAUGCUCAAGUCGAAGCUGUGCUCGAAGUUUUCGAACGGCGGACAGCAAAUGACAAUAGAGAUAUUGUUGAUGAGCAGCGCCAGUAUCUUGGCGGAGACAGCGAGCAUACGAUUUUAGUGAAAGGUCUAGAUGUGUCCCUGUUAGAGCAAAACAAAGCGCGGGCAGCUGCUUCUACCGAGGAUGAUGAUACGCUCGAGCAAGCUUUUCUUGAGGUCUCCUCCGAAGCCACGGUACCAAAGAAGAGGACUCGCGAAGACAUCAUCCAGGAGCUGAAGGCCAAAAGGAACAGCGAGGGCUUACAAACUAUCGACACCACCGCGGAGCCGCCCGGAGAUGGGGCCGACAACCUUGAGAAAGCAAAGAAGGCAGGAAAAUUUAAACCAAUCGGUUUCAAGCCAAUUGGGGUGCAGAAGGAUGACAAGGGUAGCAAAAAAGGUAGCAAAGAAGAGAGCGCAAGCCGCCACAAGAGGAGGAAGAAAAGGAAAGUGGAGGGAGUCUCAGGUUCACCCAAACCGACAAAGAGCGAUCCUCUCCCGGAAGUCAACCACCCAACGGUACUACCACCUUCUGCAGCGGAAGGAACGUCACAAGUCAACCAAAGGCUUUCGUCUCCAGUCAACGACGAUGUGGAUAUCUUUGCAGAGGCUGGUGACUAUCAAGGUUUUGCUGGGGAUGAUGACAGCGAUGAAGAUGGCUUGGAUUCAGCUCACAAGACCGAAUCGGAACAUGCUAUCGAUCUGAUUCGUCCUUCAUCCGAACACGCUCGUUCUGGUAGAGGAUGGUUUGGAGAUGAACAAAACGACGAAGGACUAACUCAACCACCAGCACCCACAGAGAGUGCUGCAUCACAGUUGCCUCCAUCAAACCCUACACAUCAUGUGGAUGAAGAGGAAGAGGAAUCUUUGCGUCUUAGACCAUUAGAGUCAUCUGCAUUACCCUCAAUCCGCGACUUUCUUGCGAUGGAUGCAGCUGCUGAGAAAGAAGAAAAGAGGAAAGCCCGAAAAGAGAAACGCAACAACAAGAAAAAAUCUGCCGGGGAGGACGACGACUGA